AACUAAUCCAACCAGAGUCUAAUUAUCGUCCAACAUGAAAAACUCCUUUUCUCCAACUUUGAAAACUCAUUUUGCAAAUCAAAUUAAAUAUCUGGGUUUUUAGGCCAUUCCUUGCUCACCCCAGUCAACCCUACCUCUACUUCACCAUUCUUUUUCUACUCUUUCUCCACCAUGCCAAAACCAACAGAACAGCCUCCAAACAAUAUCCACACUCUCCGGGCAGAGAGAGACCUAGGAGCCAAUUUGGAGGUAGAUCUCGCAUCGAAGCUCGAAGACUACCUGUUGAAGAUUUACUCGGGUGAAAUUACAGCCGCUACCGCCUCUCUAAAUUUGGCCGAAGUUGCUUCGCUGCUUCAAGGAUCCGUUCAGGUGUAUAGCAGGAAGGUCCAGUAUUUAUAUAACCUGGUGUUGCAUGCUUUGGAGUCUCUUUCUCAUUUCUUUAUGAUUAAGCAGGAGCAAUCAGAGGGCACAUUAGUUCAGGCUGAGCAAAGUGGUUUUCUGAUGAAGAAAAUGAUCAAUUUUGAUACUGCAGUGGAAGCAAAUAAUUCCUUAGAUGAUUCAACUAGUAAAGAUGCUUCUUUCUAUAGCUUUGUGAAACCACCAGCAAACCUUGUUGUCCUUGAAGGGGAUUGCUUGGAUGCCAGUGGUGAUGGUGGAGAAUUAGAAUCAUACCUGUUAGCCACCAAUGAUUUCUACCGGGAUUUUAUUCCUUUAGACCCAUGUGAUUCUGUGGCGGUGGAUGAUUUUUUGAAGGGAGAUGAAACUGGAAAAGUACCAAACAGUUCUGGAAGAACUGCACUCAAAUCAUCACUUGGAAAGAACCUGGAUGAAAAUUUCAACCAACCUCCUAUGACUGAUUGUAGUGUUGGAGUGAAUAACUGUAAUGUAGAGCCAGAUCUACCUACUUAUGGGAAUUAUGAAGAUGGUAACCAUGGGUUUGAUAUGGACGAUGGAUCUGGGAACUUGGAGGAUUUAGAGGAUGAUGAUAACGAUGGAGCCCGAGGCAUAUGCAACUUAAAUCUAGACCGAUAGCUAUCACCAAAAAGAAGAUUUCAUUUCUAAAAUCUUUGCAAAUCGCGACUAAUUGAAACCUAGUAGAAGCCACCAUAUGUUUAAUUAGGGUUGUGCAUGGUUUUUGUGGGUUCUAAUGCAAUUUAAACCAUGCGUACAGAAGAAAAAGAAAAAAAAAAUUGAUAGUGUAAAAAAAAAAAAAAAACUGAUAGUGUAAAAAU